AACUCUGCUGCAAGUCUACAGAUGGAGGGCGGACCGUGUUAUUCACUCUAAGUUCCUUUUUCCCCCCCCUUUCCCUCCUCAGCAUGUCUGGUUUUUGUCUCUAGGAGAGGGGACACAGGCUGAUGCCGAGAGAGAGAAAAAAAGCACUUAGAAAAAGUACUUGGGAGCAUUUUGCAGUGGUGGGCUACUGAGACCGUGUUGUGCUUAUGCUGGGCACAAUUCGUUUGCAUCGAUUUUUUUUUUUACCACACUGAAGGAAGAGAGAGAGGGAAAUCAGACACUUAAAAAGGCUCUGGAAGUUCAACUUUGUGUUUCAUAUUUGGCCAAAGUGGACUGAGUUUAUACUGCACAUCAGAGGAGUGAAAAAAAAAAAACUCAACUCAAGCUGGGAGAAAAGCGCUGAGUUUGCUUUUAAGUGCACCGAGAAGAGAGGCGACAUGGUGCAGAAGAUGAGCCACACGGAGAGCACCGCGGAGGCGCUUUCUUCCUUCUUCAGCGGGGACUCGAGCUCCGGGGCGAGCAUGGAUCUAGACCCCGCCGACUCGCCCCUCUCCCCGGGCUCCACAGCGUCCUCGACCGCCGGGGACAAGCUGGGCGACAACCCGGCGUGGUGUAAAACCCCGAGCGGCCACAUUAAGAGACCCAUGAACGCGUUCAUGGUGUGGUCCCAGAUCGAGAGGAGGAAGAUCAUGGAGCAGUCUCCCGAUAUGCACAACGCCGAGAUUUCGAAACGGCUGGGGAAGCGGUGGAAGCUGCUCAGAGACGGCGACAAGAUCCCCUUCAUCCAGCAGGCGGAGCGGCUCAGGCUCAAGCACAUGGCGGACUACCCCGACUACAAGUACCGGCCCAGGAAGAAGGUCAAAUCGAGCGCCCCCAAGCCGGGAAGUGGCGGCGAAAAGGGGGAAAAGGUCAACGGGAGCUCGAGCAACACCACCAGCAUGAAGUCGUCGUCAUCCUCGAGGAAGAGCGGCCUCAAAUCGCCCAGCAGCAAAGCCCACAAAACGCCUUCGGGGAGCAGCAGCAGCAGCAGCAGAAGCUCACAGUCGGCCUCGGAGCAGCCGCCGGAGCACCACGGCCAGCCGCUCUACAAGUCCAAGUCGGUAGCGUCCACCGCCAAGCGGGUACCGGAGGGCAAGAGAGCCAAGCGGGUGUACCACGUUUACGGGGGCGGCUUGAGCGUCAGCCCCGCGUCGUCGGUCACGGUCCCGGCCAGUCCCACGCUCAGCAACUCGGCGGACUCCAGCGAGCCGCUCAGCCUGUACGAGGACGUGUCCAGCGGCAGGGAGGAUGGGAGCGAGUCCCCGGGCGGCGGUGGCGGAGGCAGCGGAAGCAGCGGCAGCCCGGGCGGCUCGUCGGAGCGUCAAGGCGGGCAAACGCACAGCAGUCGGCGGCCUUCGUCGCCCACACCCUCCGGCUCCCACUGCUCCGCCUCCUCGUCGUCGUCGUCGUCCUCCUCCUCCUCCUCCUCCUCGGAGGACGAAGAGUUUGAGGACGACUUGCUCGACAUGAACCCAAGCCCCAACUUCGACAGCAUGUCGCUGGGCAGCUUUAGCUCCUCGGUGCUGGACAGGGACUUGGAUUUGAACUUUGAGUCCGGCUCCGGGGGCUCCCACUUCGAGUUCCCCGACUACUGCACGCCCGAAGUCAGCGAAAUGAUUUCCGGGGACUGGCUGGAGUCCACCAUUUCCAACCUGGUCUUCACGUACUGACACCAAAGUGGCCACAAGCGACGACCACACACGGAGCCCCGGGUACCGGACGCGAGCGGCUCGGGGGGCAGCUCCUGCUUUGUCUCCGAACUACCAGAGCAGUUGGGACCCGUUCAAAACUAGCGCCAUGGCGGAAAAAGCCCUUUUUGGUGGGCUACUUGGCUUUGAAUGUGCGGACCGCGGAGGAGCGUGGGGGGCUGCAAAACAGGAGAGAAGCCGACAAAUGUGACACUGCUUGGGUUUCCUGUUGAACAAGACGCUCGGUGGUGAACCGGUUGACCCGAACAACUUUACUGUGAUUGAUUUGCACGUUACGCGGUCCACCGUUCACUUAAUCAAUGUUGUUGCUGAUUAUUUUUCAAAGGGACAUUUGACACUUUUUUUUUUUUUUUAAUUUUUAAAAUUUUUUUUAACCGAUUUGCCAAGUGAAUUUCACCACUAAAAAGGUACAUAACUCGGACUCCUUGCGACAUUGUUACUGCCGUGUGCUCACAGAGGGAUUUUGUAUGAAGCCGAGAGCCCUUGAACACAGCACCAGUCUUUGUGUCAGACUACCUUCUACAGUUUACAGUGCCAGUCGACAGGCUUCUUUAAGACACACAAAGUGAUGAUUGCCGGAGGCUAUUCCUGUGGAGCAUGUGGUUUUAACAGUCAGCCUCUGAAGCAGCCACUCCUUUUUUAUUAUUCUCAUUCUCUCUGAUAUAUUGCCUCCAACAACACGUGCGGAGAUUGUAGCUUUAAAAUUGACUUAUUUCUUGAUGUUUUCAUGAACUGAUGUCAAACUCAUCCACCAGCCACUGGAUCGAAUAGGCUAUCUUUUUAGACAACAAACAACAAAGAAGACAACAUCAAGCAUAUUCAAAUUUCUGACUUGAGUUCCGCAACACCUACUUGUACUGCGUUUCUCAUUGUGUUUGAAUAUAUAAUCUUUUCUACUUGUUGGCUAACUAUUAGAUAAUUGUUUAGUACGUUUAUGGCAUGGUGAAUAGCAUUUGUAUUUCGGAUUCAGGUUACCUAGCUGUUGUGUUUUUUCAGAAAAAAAAAAUGGGAAAAAUGAAACUUAAUCCUUGUGUAUUUGACUGUACCAUAAAGCAAAAAGAUUGUGUGUUUAUGUAUGUUGUUGCCAUCAAGGACAGGCACUGUCUAGAAUGACUAUCUUUUACACAUCCUUACUUUUAAGGUGGUCAGUUCAGGACUUUUUAUAUCUAUAUAUAUAUAUAUAUAUACAUAUAUAUAUAUAUAUAUAUAUAAAUAAAAGCGUUUUUAAGUAUAUUAACUUUAUUUUUCAUCCAUCCUGUGCAAUAUGCUGUGUAGAAUUAUCAUGUAUUGUCUCUAAUCAUGCCAUAAACAAAGGAACCACCUUUUUUUUUUUGAGACUCAGAGAAAGGGAGGAGAACUCAUGCCAGCUAAAUUGUGUCUAUUCACUGCCUGUCAGAUUGUUGAUAUAAACUUGUGUACAGAACUUUUUCAAGGAAGGAAAAUAAAUAUCAGCUGGAACUGAA